GAGUCUACGGGUAGCGGCAUCAUAUCCUGUUCAUUUGCAUGCCCUGAGGGUGGGGUAUAUGGCAGCAACGACAGCUUCAGAGAAACUACAGGGUGUAUGACUAGGAACAGGCGAUUAAUGCAUUCCACAAGAUAGCAUAAGAGACUGUGGAGGAUAAAGUCACCGAGAGAAUUGCGUGCAGGAUCACCAUUGCAGCGCAUCUGAGGGGAAACAAGACAACAACAACGGCGUGCACGGGGUACUUGAUUUACUGUAGUGGUGCCAGCUUGUCUGUGGGCGUCUUGUGGUGUACCAGAGGAAGGCAAUUAGAUAUGGCAGCCAAUAAGAGUAAGGGUCAGAGCUCCCUCACCCUGCACAAGGUCAUUAUGGUGGGCAGUGGAGGCGUAGGAAAGUCUGCUCUUACCCUUCAGUUUAUGUAUGAUGAGUUUGUUGAAGAUUAUGAGCCCACAAAGGCUGACAGCUACAGGAAGAAAGUGGUGUUGGAUGGAGAAGAGGUGCAGAUUGACAUUUUAGACACAGCUGGGCAAGAAGACUACGCGGCCAUCCGAGACAAUUAUUUCCGUAGCGGAGAGGGUUUCCUGUUGGUGUUCUCCAUAACAGAGCACGAGUCCUUCACGGCCACAGCAGAAUUCAGGGAGCAGAUCCUGCGGGUUAAAGCUGAGGAGGAUAAGAUUCCACUACUUUUGGUAGGAAAUAAAUCGGACCUUGAGGAUCGGAGGCAGGUUUCAGUGGACGAGGCCAGGGGAAAAGCAGAAGAGUGUGGUGUGCAGUAUGUAGAGACUUCUGCCAAGACACGAGCCAAUGUGGACAAGGUAUUUUUUGAUCUAAUGAGGGAAGUCCGUGCUAAAAAGAUGUCAGAAAAUAAGGACAAAAACGGGAAGGGAAAAAAUAAGAAGAAUAAGAAGAGCUUCAAAGAGCGAUGCUGUUUACUUUGAACUACACUUGGACUUUUCCCCACCAAAUCUACUUGCAACUCUAUGGGGAAACUCCAUCAGAGCCCCUUUUCUUUAUUAAAAUCAUAACUUGAUUAGUAAGGUUUUGUACUGGUCAAGGUAAGCCUUUAUCACAAUCUUUCAUUCCCAUAGUUCAUUUCAAAUAACUAGACUAAGAUUGAAUGGUAUGCAUACUUUUUAAUGGACGAUGACCACUAUAUGGCUACUGGUUGACGACUGUGGCACUUUAGGACUUCGUUAAAUGUAGUUGGCCAACAUGCGCCCAACAGUAACUUUAUUGCUCUGUAAUUUAUCUUUCCCUUACAGUUUUAAGUAGAAAUCCACUUUAGUAGGCAAAGUUAUCUCUUUAUUUUUAUUGCACACCUUUUGAGUAUUUUUGUGUUAGGUUUUUUAAAAUCUAACCAUUUUAUUUCAACAUCUGUUGACACCAUCAAUGCAUAGAAAUCAAGAAAUGUUUUUGUAGAUCAAGUAGUACUGUGGUUUUAGACUUAGAAAACUGUCUAUGAAUAACGCCAUUGAAAAGCACAUAUGGUAUUGAGGAUGGAGUGCCGAAGCAUGGGUUAAUAGUGCCACUCGGUGGUUCAUAAAUAUAUCUUUUCAGGAAGUCCUCAUGCCUAACCUCAAUUUACUAAUCUCUGUGAAUUGAUCU